AAUAUAUAGGAAGUAAAGUAGUAAUUCUUGUAUGCCGGCCGGGCACCAUGUGAACAUACCAACACAUUAUUAUAAAGUUUUUAAGUUUUAACCAAUUCUUUGUAGUGUUCACAUUCAUUUCUGUGGUGUGUAUAUAUAUAGAUAUAUAUAUAUAUAUAGAAGGGUCGCUGGAAAAUGGCCCAGGGGCCGGCACCUUCCCCUUCUCCAAGUGGAAUAUCGACAGUGGCAGAUGGUGGAGGGUCACCAUCGGGAAUAUCGCCAGGGUCAGUUGAUGGAUGGUCAUCAUCGGGAAUAUCGACAGGGGCAGUUGGUGGAGGGUCAUCAUCGGGAAUAUCGGCAGGGGCAGUUGUGGGAAUUGUUAUUGUUGUUGUUAUAAUACUGUUAGUGUUGAGUUUGUUGUUUGUAUUUUACAAGAAGAAGAAUAAGAGGAGAAAUCAUCAAGAUUACUAUGUUCCACCACCACAAGGAGUCAAAGCUGACCAGUAUGGUGGGCCUAUGCAACAUUGGCAGCAAAUUGCUCCACCUCCAGCAGAUCAUCUUGUUACAAUUCCGCUUAAACCGUUACCUCUUCAGCCUCCAUCUUACAUGAACAGCAGUGGAGCAUCUUCAAACUAUUCUGGGUCCGAAGUUGGGCCUGUCGUGUCCUUAGGUUUCUUAUCACAGAGCACAUUCACGUACGAGGAAUUGGUUCAGGCAACUGAUGGCUUCUCAGAUGCUAACCUUCUGGGACAAGGUGGUUUUGGAUAUGUGCACAAAGGAGUCCUUCCUAAUGGGAAAGAGGUUGCAGUUAAACAGCUUAAGGCUGGGAGCGGACAAGGUGAACGUGAAUUUCAGGCUGAAGUUGAGAUUAUUAGCCGAGUACAUCACAAGCAUCUUGUGUCUCUCGUUGGAUACUGCAUUACUGGUGCUCAAAGAUUGCUCGUUUAUGAGUUUGUUCCAAACAAUACUUUGGAAUUUCAUUUACACGGAAAGGGAAGGCCUCCAUUGGAUUGGCCAAUGCGACUAAAGAUUGCUGUAGGGUCUGCUAAAGGACUGGCAUAUCUGCAUGAAGACUGUCAACCUAAAAUCAUUCAUCGUGAUAUCAAGGCGGCUAACAUACUCAUCGACUUCAAUUUUGAGGCCAAGGUUGCUGAUUUUGGACUUGCUAAGCUAACUUCUGAUGUUAAUACUCAUGUCUCCACCAGAGUGAUGGGAACUUUUGGGUAUUUGGCUCCAGAAUAUGCGUCUUCAGGAAAACUUACGGAUAAAUCAGAUGUAUUCUCCUUUGGUGUAAUGCUUCUCGAGUUGAUAACUGGAUGUCGGCCUGUUGAUUCCAAUCAGUCAUACAUAGAAAAUAGUUUGGUGGACUGGGCACGGCCAUUGCUCACACAAGCUUUAGAAGAUGAAAAGUUUGAUGCCCUUGUUGAUCGUCGGCUAGGUAAUGAUUAUAACCAUAACGAGAUGGCUCGCAUGGUUGCUUGUUGUGCUGCUUCUGUCCGUCAUUCAGCGAAGCGCCGACCAAAAAUGACUCAGGUUCUCAAAGCUUUAGAAGGAGAUGUCUCGUUAUCCGAUCUUAAUGACGGGAUUAUACCUGGACACAGCACAGUAUACAGUUCAUAUACAAGUUCAGAUUACGGUGCACUCCAAUACAACGAAGACAUGAAGAAAUUCAGGAUGAUAGCACUACCGACAAGUCAAGAAUAUAACAGUAUUGAUCAGUCCAGUAAUCUGACAAGUGAAUCUGGGCUACACCCGUCUGGAUCAAGUAGCGAAGGCCAACAUACGAGGGAAAUGGAAGCUGGUAGGAUGAAGAAAGAUAGCAGAGGAUUCAGUGGAAGUAAAGGCUUCGAUUGGAAUUCUUAGUGCAAAGAACUCCUUUUUUUUUUUUGAUGAAGUAAGGGUGCAAAGAACUCCAUUUUUCUGUAUAAUCUUUCAACCUAGCUCUUUAAGAUGUGAAGGGUCGUUUACUCUUUCAAUAUACAGGGUUUCUUUUCCAGGUUUUAUUUUUUUA